CAAAUCCUCACCUUGACCAUGACCUCCAUUACACGCAACUUACCAUGGUUCGUUCGCGACCUCGGCGUAUCUGUCAUUGGGAAGGAAUGUUACACGUCACUCAUCGAAGAUCUCAACUUUUCGGACGUCCAAUGCAUAAAAUACUCAAUUUCGAAGGGUCUUGGGAUUGGCAUAGUCGUGGGCGGCUCGAUAAUGAAGGUUCCACAACUCCUACUCAUUGUGAAAGCUAAAUCUGCUCGCGGUCUUUCCCUUCCUGCAUACCUGCUUGAAACAUUAUCAUACGCAAUCACCCUCGUCUACUCUCACCGAAAUGGGUUUCCGUUCUCUACGUACGGGGAAAAUCUCUUCUUGACUCUGCAAAAUAUCGCUAUCACCCUCCUUAUAAUCCUCUACGCGCCGCGGAGCGCGUCCUCCGACAAAACACCCAGCGCAAUAAUGACCUUUCUUGCACUUUCUGUAUUCUUUCUUGGAACGGCACUAGCACCUCCGUCAAUUUUGGCGCUUCUCCAGCUCACCACCCUCCCACUCUCCCUUUUCUCCAAACUCCCCCAGAUCCGCCAGAACUACAGCGCUCAAAGCACAGGCCAACUUUCCGCCUUUGCUGUCAUCUCACAAGUUGCGGGAACCGCAGCUCGUCUCUUCACCACCGCAACGGAGGUCAGCGAUCCCAUUAUUGUCGCUGGCUUCGGGCUUGCGCUUGUGCUAAACCUGAUUCUGGGUGCUCAAUUGUGGAUGUUCUGGGGCAAAGAUGCAUCCAAUAUCCAUGUUGCCGUCGGAGAGAAACCAAAAACCCGAUUGUCUCCCGCACCAGAAAUCAAGGCAGCAACAGGUUCAGCUGUUCCUGCUUACGAAUCCACACCGACGUGGCAGCAACGUGCAGCUACGCCUCCACCCGGAGGUCGCAAAUGGGCUCGGAAGGUCGAAUAG